ACCUGAAGUAAAGUGCAUCUGCCUAGGACGUCUUGGUAUCUUGCCUACCUUCGGUACCGACCUACCUGAGGGAGGCACCUUCCAUCAGAACUACGGCCAACCUAGAGUUUCUCCUUCUACACUCAGCCUGCUACUUCUUCCCAGUUUCACUUCCUACCACCAUCGAGAAAGACAUCGAAACGACAAAGCAGACCGUUAUAGUUAGACGCUUGGUUUCGAAAAUAGUAGUUGAAACUCAAACACGCAACCAACCUAUCUUAAGUCAAUCGCUGUCACGACUCACUACUGGGAGGCAUAGACCAUGUCUUUCGUUCGUCAGCUGCUCUCCCUCCAUCCUUCCCCCCUCCGCGCUUCCCCCCUCCGCGCUUCCCCUCUCUCGCGGCAUUCCCUGGCUCACCUCCGCAGCAUCAGCACAACCCCAAGACUGCAAGACAAGACGGUAAAUCGGGGCCGCGUGGCCAUCGUGACCGGAGCAGCGCAGGGAAUUGGCCGUGCCAUCGCCCUCCGCCUCGCCCAGGACGGCUACCACGUCACGGUCUCGGACUUGCCGGCGCUCCAACCCCAGCUGGACUCGCUCGUCUCCGAGAUCGUCACGGCUACCUCGGAGGGUAGCUCGGAGAGGCGUGUCCGAGCUCACGCCCACGCCGCCGACGUCACCUCGCCGGCACAGGUGUCUGCCCUGGUCCGCGCCUCCGCCGACGCCCUCGGCCCGCUGCACACCAUGGUCGCCAACGCGGGCAUCGCCCAGGUCAAGCCGCUGCUCGAGCUGACCGAGGCCGAUUGGGACCGCAUGAUGGCCGUCAAUGUCGCGGGCGUGCACCACUGCUUCCAGGCCGCCGCCAGGCAGAUGAUCCUGCAAGAGGAAUUCGCGGGAGAGAUUCGGGGCCGGCUGAUCGCGGCGGCCAGCAUCGUCGCGUUUAAGCCCUUCGCCCUCCUCGGCCAUUACAGCGCCAGCAAGUGGGCGGUCCGGGGCUUAAGCCAGGCAUACGCCAUGGAGCUGGCGCCCCACCGCAUCACGGUCAACGCGUACGCGCCAGGCAUCGUCGACACCGGCAUGUGGGAGCUAAUCGACGAGGGGCUCGGCCAGAUCAAGGGGAAGGGCGUGAAAAAAGGGGAGAUGAUGAAGAAGUAUAGCGACGACCUGAUUGCCCUGGGAAGGACGAGUGUGCCGGGAGACGUGGCCGGGUUGGUCUCGUUUCUGGCGUGCCCGGAUGCGAACUACGUGACGGGGCAGACGUUUAUUGUCGAUGGAGGGAUCAUCUACACCUAGGCUCGAGGCUUGUCGCAGGUAAUUAUGGGCCUGCUUGCUCGCUGGUUUGGAUUAACAGUGAUGUUUCAUUCUUCAUGAGGCAUCCCGCCAAAUCUAUACUCAUUGCUACAGCUCGGUGGCUGCAAAUCAGUACAGCUCAGAAAGGCUGCAAACAGGUACG